AUGACCGCUGCGCGUCGGAAAGCCAAUAGCGAGGCGUCGAGACGAUUUCGAGACGAAAGACAUCUUAUACCCCUUCCAGAAGAUAUGAAAGUUGGUGUCUUAGAUAUGCGGGAACACAAAGACACGUAUCUCGUUUGUCCAUCCAACGAAAUACUCGACCAAUGCCAAAGACUUUUCGGUUCAGGAAAAUCAGAAUUUGAACCGCAGCAGGUGUUUAUCGUGAUGAAGAUGAUGCCAAGGACUGAUGGUGAUUUCUCCAACGAGCUUGACUUCCUUCUUCGCAUCAUGCAGACAAGACUUUGCUCGGAUGGCAUUUAUGACACGGAUGAGGGCCAUCUUAUUCGGCUCGCUAUUGCAUUUUCCCGCAGGAUUUCCCUUCAGGAAGUCCCGCUUCCUCAUACCGUGAAAAAUGAAGGAUACCUAGUGGACAUUCAAGGUGUUAUUCCUGGAAUCUGGGAGAUAAAAGUUCGCUUCCCUAGUCCAGGGUAUGUUACACCCGUGCGAGGCAGCGUAGCGAAGCUCAUACAACAUAUCACCUACAUAAACUCCAACCCCCCCUCCACCAAAAGUGCUACGUGGGAAAGGUAA